CCCGCGGAGGCCGGCCCUCCUCGGAGGGCCAUGUCCCUGGUGGCCUAUGCCAGCAGCGAAGAGGAGAGCGAUGCGGAGGAGGCCGCGGGCGAGGAGGAAGAAACCGCCGCUCCGCCUCCUGCCGCAGCCCAGCAGCCCCCGGUCCGGGGGCUCUUCGCCACCUUGCCUCCCCCCAAAGCCCCCGUGAUGCCCCCGCUGCCCCCGCCUCACCAGCCCCUGGGCAGCGGCUUCCCCUUGCCGCCGCCCCCCCCUUUCCUUAUGGGCCCCCCGCCUGGUAUGAGGGGCUUCAGCACCCCUCCGCCGGGCAUGAGCCCGGCCCAGGCCUCGACCGUCAGCCUGCCUGAGCUGGCCGCCAGCGGGGACGGUAGCGGGGAGCAGCCCAGGCUGGGGGGGCUCCUCCUGCCUCCCCCGAGGAACGCUACCACCACGACCGCUGCCUCUACCCUCAACUUGCCCCCUCCUGUCUCGGCCUCUGGUGCUCUGCCCGGGGCUGGGGUGGAUUUGAGCCUCCCCAAGCCAAAGAAGAGGACAGAGCCGGUGCGGAUCGCGGUGCCCGAGUUGCACAAGGGAGAUUCAGAUUCAGAGGAAGAUGAACCAACAAAGAAGAAAAAUACUCUUCAGGGACGUGGCGAGGGCUCUGGCUUGUCCGCUUUGCUUCCUCAACCCAAAAAUUUGACAGCGAAAGAGACCAAUCGGUUACUUUUGCCCUACGCUUUCUCGAGGAAAGCGGGAGAAAACGCCUCCGACCCAAAGCCUGCUAAGGGCCCAACCUCUUCCUCCAAAGCAAAACCUCUGUCCAAGCCAGCGGUGCCCACAACUCCUUCUCCGUCUGCCAUCAAAGCUGCUGCGAAGAGCGCUGCCCUGCAGGUAACGAAGCAGAUCACGCAGGAAGAGGAUGACAGUGAUGAAGAGGUCGAGCCAGAGAACUACUUCUCCUUGUCUGACCGGAGCGAGCCCAGCAUUGUGGGUGCUGAGACAUACAUGUACUCUGGCACGGUGGUGUCGGAGGACCCACCUCCUGGGACAGAGACAGAGCCCCAGUUCCAGGAUGCUGCUGCUAAUGCCCCGCUGGAGUUCAAGACGGGUGCGGGCUCCAGUGGUGCUCAGCACAGCUGGGUGCCCAAACCCGGAGAAGACUAUGGCAGCCAGCCAUACAGCCAGUUCCCUGCCUAUGGCGAGGCCGGUGUGGCUGGUGCUUAUUAUCAGGAUUACUACAGCAGCGGGUACUACCAGGAGAUGGAACCAGCCCAGGCACCGCCGCAGGAGAUGAGCACCGACUCCUCCUUCAUAGAUGAUGAAGCGUUCAAGCGUCUGCAAGGCAAACGGAAUCGAGGGAGGGAAGAGAUCAACUUUGUGGAUAUCAAAGGUGACGAUCAGCUGAGUGGAGCCCAGCAGUGGCUGACCAAAUCCUUAACAGAGGAGAAGACCAUGAAAUCGUUCAGCAAGAAAAAAGGAGAUCAGCCCACGGGACAGCAAAGGAGAAAACACCAGAUCACAUACCUGAUCCAUCAGGCAAAGGAAAGAGAACUGGAACUGAAAAACACAUGGUCUGAAAACAAGCUCAGCCGACGUCAGACUCAAGCCAAAUACGGAUUCUAACACCUCUGUCCCACUUUUUGGCUGUUGUCCCAGGUGACCUACUGCGUCAGACUUCUGGCCUUCUGGAGAUCAACCAGGCCCCGUGCAGAACGCGGUCUGCUCGGCGGGUGGGAGGAUACUGCACUCCCCUGCCUGCCAGGAGAAAGGUUUAAUGCAAGCCAGUCCCGAAACUCCAUCUGUAAUUUUUCCCCUCCCUCCUUAUAAACGAUAACGUGGAAGGUUCAGACCAAACCUGUUUCAUACGACUGAUGACAGUCUGAGGCAGCUGCAGGGAACGUGCCUGGUGCAAGGCUUGGAGCUUUUGUCCUGUAGGUACAGGGGCUACUCCUCCUUCGACGUAGCCUCGCCACUGGAACCUUAGGCAGAGUCUCAAUAAACUUCCAAGUUCCACUUU